GUGCGCAGACUCAGACUGUUAGGGCUGCCAGGUUUUAGGGAAACACGUAAGUUAGUGUGGCUAUAAUACGUUUUAAGAUCAACUUCUCCGAGGGAGAAGGGAUCGUAAAAACAGUUUUGUCUAAAAGCUUCUGAUUCCAGUCUCAGCUUCGACCAUGGAUGGAGCCUGUACAACAUUAUGUCACGAGGAGACCUGUGGAGACACGAACGACCAGAGUCAUGAGGACAAACGCUGCUACAUUUCCACUUUGCCCCCAGGCUGGACAAAAGAGGUGAGACAAAGGACAGGAGGCAAGACUGCAGGCAAACUGGACGUCUACAUGAGAAGUCCUAAAGGGCAGAUGUUUCGCUCUAAGGCGUCUCUGAAAGCUUUUCUCCUAAAAAACACAGAGGACAACUUGGACAUCGACCUCUUUGAUUUCACGGCGUCCAGGUAUGAUGUCAUACUGACCUCAAAAAGGGUUCCUGCUGCAGUAAAGAAGAAAGACAGGAAUGAAGAACGUGAGACGACAGAGACUCAGGAACGGCCUCCAAACACAUGUAGAAAAGCUGCUGCUCCUCACAGGAGGACCAGGAGUAAACAGACAAACAGCAGCUGUACUGAUGCUUGGAGGUCAGAGGUCACUGAUGAGACUGAGGAGCAGUCUGAUGCUGCAGCAGUGAAGGACCACGAGGAGGUGCAGAGCAGCCCCCGCAGGCUGAGGGAGAAAAUACUUCGACUCACGUCAUCAGUCGGACUAAAUGUACCUGUUGAAGAGGACGACGACGGAGACCCCCGACCGUCUGCUCCAACAGUCAGCGUUCAACCUGCCACAGAGAGUGAAGACGAGGGUGAAGCAGGACUGAAACAGACUGACAACAAGUCUACAUCUGAAGAGGAGCCUGGAGCUGACGGAGCUCAGGGUGUGACGCUGGAGGUGUCCUUACCUGACACUCCUGUCACACCAACAAGAACAUCCCAGAAUAAGUCCAGGAGCUCUGACGACAAACGCAAAACAAGUCCUUACUUUGACGGGAAAACACUAAAAAAUGAUCUAAGCCCCCCAAGGAGAAAGGCCUUCAGGAAGUGGACACCCCCCCGCUCCCCCUUCAACCUGGUGCAGGAGACGCUGUUCCACGAUCCCUGGAAGCUGUUGGUGGCCACGAUAUUCCUGAACAAAACAAGUGGCAGGAUGGCUGUCCCAGUGCUGUGGCAGUUCUUUGAACAGUACCCGUCGGCAGAGGAGACCAGAGCAGCUGAUUGGACGACUGUGUCUGAACUGUUGAAGCCACUCGGUCUGUUUGAACUCAGAGCUAAAACUCUCAUCCGCUUCUCAGAUGAAUAUCUCACCAAACAGUGGCGCUACCCUGUGGAGCUGCAUGGUAUUGGGAAGUACGGGAACGACUCCUACAGGAUCUUCUGUGUGGGGGAGUGGAGAGAGGUGACGCCUGAUGAUCACAUGUUGAACAAAUAUCACUCCUGGCUCUGGGAAAACCACGAAAGGUUGGGAUUUAACUGAGAGUGGAGCAGGAGGAGAAGAUCCCUCUCCAUCAGAGCUCAGGAUGAAACAUGUUUGUCCUCCAUCAGUGUUGGUCUUGUUUUUAUAAGGUUUUACCGUCUAAUAAAAAGUGUUUGAGAAAA